AUGACUGAAAAAAACAAAUACAAAAAGCUAAAAGAUGCUGAUUCAGCUGACGUUCCUCGCUUGGGCACUCUUGCAACGUUUGACGGUGAACUGCCACGGUACAAUGAAAUCUUGAAUUCUCAUCUAGACGACUUGGAAAAAGGUCAUGCACCUCCGUACUCAGAAAACAGACAUCAAGAAGCGUCUACCAACAUGGCAGGAGGAAAUAUAUUCUCUAUUUCUUUACGAAAUGUCUUGACGGCAUUAUUGUGGUUAAUUUUCUGGCCGGCAAAAAUUGUGAGAAUCCCCGAAGCACAACGCAGACAGGAAAAUGAAUCUGCUCGGCUUAGUUUUUGCUUUAUUCUUUCGGUCAUAGUAAACUUUUGGUUUUCUUACAAAUACCUUGUCCCCUUUAUAAAGGAAUCGAUGAAAGAAUCUGUAGGGGUAAACUUUCAAGCUACUGUAGCAGCUGUUCUUGUCGUCAUGGCUUUCUACAUGUUUCUAUAUGUUUGUUCAUUGUUGCUGGAUUUUAUUGCUUUAGUGCUUUCUGGGAUUGCUUGGAUUGUUUCUUGGAUUAUUGCUGCUCUUGGUUUCAGGAUGUCGUCGGAAAGAAACGACUCGACGGAUGGUAACUGGAUCCCACUAAGCACUAUGCCGGCAGAGUCUGAAAAUCAAUCCAACGAUCGUAGUGAUAAUACUGCCGAACAACCGUCCUCUGAACAUACCUCUGAACAUACUGAGCAAUCUCCAGGGUUGCGCCAGGAACCGGGUCAGUCUAGGGAUGUUGAAAGCGGUGGGAAUUGA